GUUGGCUGUUGGCUGCUGUUUCACACACACACGUUGUUUUAAAUCUGAAUCUAUCAAUAUUUUUAAUUUUAUUCAGUUAAGUGCAUUGUAUGCUGAGCCUGAGAUUCUUUUCUUGUGAUAUGAUUCAGAUUCUCCGGUAGUCCACCUCUCACGCUUGCUGUCACGCUGCCAUUUGGACUUUGGAGUGGACUCAGACUGAGUUCAAUAAUGAUUUUGUCACAAUUACCUAUUUAUACAAAACAGGAAACAAUAUGUAGAUAUGCCAUGGAAUUACAACUAGGACUAUCACUCAUAGAUAUUUAACACAUCAUUUUGACUGAUGAGCACUUGUUUAGGUACUAAUUAAGACAUUUUCAUUGAAGUUUUCUUGGGUGUCGUAAAGUAGGUAGGCAUCACACUUGUUUUUCAUUUUGUUUUGCAACCAAGGAGAGGCGCUAUACCAGAUACCCAGGUAUUUUUUCCAAUCCAACCAAACCAAACCUAACCAAACCUGAAUUAACCCUUCAUUGUCAUACAACCUAAAAAACUUACAACCUACAAUCUAAAACCUAAAACCUACUAGGUACCCAAAACCUAAAACCUACAACCUACAACCAAACCUACAGCACCUCUCCUCGGUUGCAAGAAACAAGUGUGAUGCCUGCUUUACUAUUAUUACCAUUUUCUUUCCUUAGCUUGCUGUUGGCAGCCUUGGAAAAUAUUUGGAUACUGUAUAGGCAUAGGUACUCUAAAAGGUAACCCAAUUUAAAAGAAAAUUUACUGAAAUGUGGUCUCUUUUUAGUCAUUUGUAAUUGCGCAAUUUGACUAAGACCAACGUCAAAGGCACACUUUUUAAAUAGGUAAAGUUAGAAGUUUUCAAUAGGUAGAGUAAUGUAAAGAACAAGUGUUUUGAAGAGGCAGGGGAAAAUUAUCCAGUGCUUUUGGAUUUGAUUCUGGUCAUUAGUGAGGAGAGGUGACAAGUCAGAUGAAACCAUAUAUUUGUUUCUGCUGUGAUCUGCUCUCUGCAGUUGAAUGAAGAACCCAACUGUGUUUCAAGUUAAGAUAGGACCAGCACUAGUGUGUGUGGCUAUUGGUGAAUCCUUCAGCCUGUUUUGCCAUUGUCUGGACACGUAGGUACUUUCUGGCCAGUUAUGUACGAGUGCGACGACGUGUUCACUCACUCGACCCACGAGCGUAUCAGCCGGCUGGCGCACGAGCCGGGCCCGCCUCUCGACUGUCACACCGCCGCCAGUCUGGGCGACGGCGAGCUGGUGUUGCAGACGGCGCGCGAGCGUCCCGGCCAGCUGGACCGGCCCAACCGCGCCGGCUGGACGCCGCUCAUGUACGCCUGCUACUACGGGCACGCGGCCGUGGUGCACUCGCUGCUGGCGUGCGGCGCCGACACGGCGGCCGCCGAGCCGCGCGGCCGCACCCCGCUGGCGCUCACCGCCUGCCGCGGACACGACGACGUGCUGCUCACGCUGCUCGGUCGCGGCGCCGACAUCGAGUGCCGCGACGCGCGCGACUGGACACCGCUGCACCUGGCUACAGACGCUGGUCACCGCGCUACCGUGGAGCUGCUGCUGGCGGAGGGCGCCAACGCCAACGCGCUGGACCGACAGCGCGGCUACACGCCGCUGCUGCUGGCCGCCGCCGCGGGCCACGAGCUGAUCGUGUUCGCUCUGAUCCGUCACGGUGCUAACGUGCAGCUGCGUCUGCCGAGCGGCGCCAGCGCGCGCGAACUGGCCGAGACCGGUGGCCACGAGCGCGUCAGCCAGCUGCUAGCAGAGUACGACGCCAGCGAGCCGCCGACGCCCACAGCGCGGCCCGCCGACGGCGCGGCGUUCGCGGCGCUGCGCCGAGACGCGCCGCCGGCCGGGGCAGUGGACAGCGGCCGGACGGCGGCGGCAUCCGAUCAGCAGCAGCAGCAACAGCAGCAGCAGCAGCAGCCGGCCGACCUGGCGGCUCUGCUGGCCACCGUCGGCCUGCAGAAGUACCAGCCAGUGCUGGAGCGACAGGAGGUCGACCUGCAGGUCUUCCUGGUCAUGACCGACGACGACCUCAAGGAGGCCGGCAUCACGCUGCUCGGGCCGCGCCGCAAGAUGACUAGCGCCAUCGCGCGGUGGCACCGGAACGCUCCGCUCACGCCGGGCCCCGAGCGAGCGUACGCGGACCGCGUGGCGCGUGCCGGCGAGGCCAGUGAGCGCCGUCUGCGCGAGCUAGAGCAGCGCCGCCAGAGCUGCGACUGGACCGUCAGCCAGGAGCGGCAGCUGCGCGCGCUCACGGAGGGGCUGCUGGUGGAGGAGCGCCGACGGCUGUGCCGGCUGCAGGAGGGCUGCGCCGACCAGCUGCGGCUGGCCGCCGCGCUGGCGGCUGGGUUGGCGCGCCUGGGCGCCGCGCCGCCGACCGGGCCGCUGCCGGAGCCGGCCGCGCUCUGCCGGAGUCUGGAGGAGUCGACCGCCGGCCGGCAGCAGCUGCUGGACGGCUGCGCGCGGCUGGCGCUGCUGCAGCACCAGCUGACCGAACAGCUGCGCGACACCCUCAGCGGCAUCUCGGGCAGGAUGGAGCGGGCCACCAGCACCGGCUGACCGCAGCGACACCAGCGGCGACGUCACGAACCGACGGUGCGCGCUCUGACGGAUAGACGGUGCCUUACACGUGAGUUCCUACGUUGAUAGCGGUGACACUAGUCUGCUUUUUACUUAUUUUGCAAGCGUUUAACGAUCGAUACUGUUUCUAGUCAGUUUGAGAUCUCGUUUAUGGCCAAGUGACCAAGUUUUUCAUUAGAGGUAAAGUGGCAGUUCUUCUGAGGUUUUUUGCCCGUCUGCUUGGAUGGUUUUCAGACGAAGCUAUCUAGCUAUAACUCUUGCCUUUCAUUUCACUGAUCUCACUUGUGAUAGCACAGGACUACGCUGCAUGUGUGGCAGUAGUUGAAACUGGGUGCAUUUUUAGUGACAUGGUUAGUUCCAUUGUGCAAUUGAGGAUGACUUGUGGUUUUAUGAUGACAUUUGUCUUAUCGUGUCCGUUUGACGAUUGAGGUGCAGUCUAUACAAAACGUGUUUUUACACAAUAAAUGAAGCCGAUAUGUUA